AUGGCCAGAAUCAAGGUCUCAAGGCCUAUAAUAGAGCAGGAUAGCCACCAUGAUAUCGACUCAAGUUUACCUGUUCAUACUGGCCACCGUCAGCCCCGACUCUCCUGGCGGUUCGAAGCAACGGACCCUACACUAAGGGGCUGGCGUCAAACUGGUUACAGAGUCAAGUUGUCCGCUUGGGGUCAACCUCAUCCGGAUAUAUGCGUUGAAAGCCCUGAAUCAGUGCUGGUUCCUUGGCCUGGCAAGCCAUUGUUAUUGGAAAGCAGCUGCAGAGUCAAAGUUCGCGUCGAGGGUAAGGACGAAUCUGGUGAAACAGUGACUUCACUGUGGUCUGAGGAAAUUACUGUGUGGUAUGUGCCAUCUCGAGACCACUUUACCGCAAAUUUUAUUGGCUCUACACAACCUCAGUCUGAUGGACCGCUUCGACCACUUCAAUUCCGGAAGACUUUCACGGUGCCUGACUAUGAUACUGUGGUGGACAAGGCAAAGUUGUAUGUCUCCGCUUAUGGUGUAUAUCAAGCCUUCAUCAACGGCCAGCGAGUUGGUAGCGACGAGAUGGCACCGGGCUGGACCAGCUAUUCACACCGUCACCUCUACCAGACACAUGAUGUUCGCAAUCUUCUGAGACCAGGAGCUAACGUCAUCGGUAUUGAAGUAGCUGAAGGAUGGUAUGCUGGUCGACUGGGUUGGGCUGGCCAACGCAACAUUUAUGGCAAAGUUUUGGGAGCAUUUGCUCAGCUUGAAGUGGUCGCAACAGAGCGAGACGAUGCUAUCAAAAUCAUCACGGAUGAGACGUGGAAGUGUGGUUAUGGUCCCUUGAUCAGCAGCAGCAUAUAUGAUGGCGAAUUGUACGAUGCUAGAGAAAAGCGAAGUGGCUGGACCAAUGACCCUGAUCUUCAGGUCUCAGACUGGAUGUCAACACAAGUGUUAACAUUCACGACAGCGAAGUUUCUUCCAUCCGAUGUUGCUCCAGUCAGAGUGACUCAACAUAUGAAACCCGAGCGUAUAUUCAGAAGCAAGUCUGGCAAGACCAUAAUCGAUUUUGGACAAAAUUUCGUUGGAAAACUACUUGUCAAGCGCCUCCAGAAAUCAGCAGACCACAAAAUCCUUUUUCGCCAUGCUGAAGUGAUGGAAGAUGGCGAGCUUGGGGUACGCCCCCUUCGAAGUGCUACAGCGACAGAUACCAUUAUCUCGAACGGUGAUGGCAUUGAGCAUUGGUCACCACGGUAUACUUUUCAUGGCUUCAGAUAUGUGGAAGUUGAAGGCUGGACAACGUCAGAUGAGGAAUGCCCAUUGACGCUGGAUAGUAUUGAAGCACUCGUCAUGCAUACCGAUAUGAGGCGCACUGGCUGGUUCUCAUGUUCAGACUCGCUCGUCAACAAGUUACACGAGAACACUGUCUGGAGUAUGCGCGGGAAUUUUUUGUCAAUACCAACAGAUUGUCCUCAAAGAGACGAACGCUUGGGAUGGACAGGCGACAUACAAGUCUUCGGUCCAUCAGCCAACUUUCUGUUUGACACUGGUGCUAUGCUCGGUCACUGGCUAGAGGAUGUUGCUGCUGAGCAAGCAGAGCAUAAUGGCAUACCUCCAUUCGUCGUCCCCAACAUUCUCGAUUCCGAUAUAGGAGACCAUUCAUGGGGCGAGUUCCCUCAAGCGGUGUGGGAUGAUGUGGUCAUUCUGCUGCCGUGGUCUCUAUACCGUGCCUUUGGCGAUAUUGAAAUCUUGAAGCGACAGUACCCUAGUAUGCAGAUGUGGCUCGACAAAGGUGUCAGAAGGGGCACUGAUGAUCUCUGGGAUCCGUCCUUCCAUCAACUCGGCGAUUGGCUGGACCCAAGCGCGCCACCAGACAGACCUGGGGAAGCAAAGACUGACGGCACUUUCGUCGCUGAUGCCUAUCUCGUGCAUGUGACUCGACUAAUGAGUCUUGUCAGUGAUCUUCUUGGACACAAGGGAGAAGCCGCCAGAUACACUCUUGAACACAAAAAGUUGAAAAAGGCGUUCGGCAGGAAAUAUAUCACCAUCGAGGGCCUUCCUGUCGCCGACACUCAGACCGGCCUAGCUUUGGCAAUCGUCUUCGAUCUGUUCAAGACGCCUGACCAGGCAAAAGUAGCAGCAGCCAGGUUGGAAAGAGCGGUCAAGCUGGCAAACUUCAAGGUGGCCACUGGGUUUGUCGGAACUCCAAUCGUCACACAUGCGUUGUCUUUGGUUGGUCUGCAGAAUCUGGCUUAUCGUAUGUUAUCCGAGAAGGAAUGUCCUUCGUGGCUCUACCCAAUCACAAUGGGAGCCACAACUGUCUGGGAACGUUGGAACAGUAUGUUGCCUGAUGGCAGUAUCAAUCCUGGAGAGAUGACAAGUUUCAAUCACUACGCUUUGGGCUCGAUCGUCAAUUGGUUGCAUGAGGUCGUUGGUGGCAUCAGUCCGCUUGAACCAGGUUGGAAACACUCGCUCAUUCGACCUGUCCCUGGUGGCUCGCUUACACACGCGGAGGUCAAACAUGACACUCCUUACGGCGUCCUGAGUUGCAAGUGGUCUAUUGAUGCUGGUCAUUUCAAACUCUCCAUGACAGUGCCGCCCAACACGACUGCAAGAGUUGUCAUGCCUGAUAAGCAAACAAGCACAAUUCUGGGUGAGCAAGAAGAAGGCAUCGAGGUUGGAUCUGGAGUUUACGAAUUUUCUUGUGCUCAUGAAUCCGAGAAGUGGAAGCCGACAGCUAUCCCCAUUCCGUUCUUUGCGCCGGUCAAGAAGGAGCGGUGGUGA